AUGGACGUCAAGGAGAAGUUCCUCGAGCUGCUCGGCGCGGCGCAGGGCGACGCGGGCGUGAGCAACGAGACGCUGCAGCGGAAGUUCCCCGGCGAGAGCUACGCCGCGCUGCUGCCCGUGAUCAACGAGCUGCUCGCCGAGAACCGGCUCGAGCUCCUCAAGGAGGAGGGCAAGCAGGACCUGACGUACCGGCUGCGCGACAAGGCGCAGGCGGAGAAGCUCAGCGAGCUCACGAACGAGCAGCUGCUCGUGCUCCAGGUCGUCGAGCGCGCGGAGAACGCGGGCGUCUGGCUCCGCGACAUCAAGAACGCGACGAGCAUGCAGCAGCAGACGCUGAACAAGGCGCUCAAGGUCCUCGAGUCGCGGAAGCUCGUCAAGACCGUCAAGUCCGUGCAGCAGAAGACGAAGAAGCUCUACAUGGCCUACGACCUCGUGCCGACGCGCGAGGUCUCCGGCGGGCCCUGGUACACGGACCAGGAGUUCGACCACGAGUUCGUCGGCGCCAUCAAGAAGAUCGUCGUCAAGUACGUCCAGUCGGUCCAGACGAGCACGCUCGACGAGAUCCACGGCGCGCUCGAGCGGUCGGGCAUCGCGACGGUGCCGCUCUCCGUGGCCGACGUCAAGCUCGUCAUCGACACGCUCCUCUGCGACUCGAAGCUCGAGGAGUUCACGGCCGUGACCGCCGCGUCCAAGGCGAGCCGCUACAAGAUCGCCAAGCCCGCCGUCGACGUCGCCUGGGUCGGCGAGGUGCCCGCGGGCUGCGUGCCCGAGGCGCCCGGCCGCCGCUACUGCGCCGACGGCCGCCACGCGCCCGCGUCCUGCCAGUACCUCCAGAAGUGGCUCGAGCAGGACGACGACGACGAGCUCGAGUGCACGGGCGUGCGGCGGUCCUAA